UUCUGCCUCGCUGCCGUGUUUCUUCCGGUCCCCGCGGCCGUUGUUUCAUUGAGCAAAAUCUCAACAUGGCAUCUGAAGGGCCACCGGGAGCUGAGGGUCUCCCAGCCGAUCUGGGCGCUGCGAUCACGGCUUUGAACUCAUGGAGCAACCCGGAGCUGCAGGCGCGGCUGGCGGAGAUCGGAGCCCCAAACAUGGGUCCCAGAGAGGAGCUGAUUGAUAGACUGAAGGGCUACAUGAUACAGACUGGGAUACUCCUCACUAAACCUGAUGCUCCGAUGGGGGGUAUGCCCAUGCAACAAAUGCCUAUGCCCCCUGGUAUGGGCAUGAUGCCAGCGAUGAACAUGAUGCCAGGAGGACCCCCUCCCCCAGGCAUGCACAUGGGCAUGGAGGCUGGCAUGGCCCCUGGCAUGUCCCAGGAUGACCAGCUGAAGAUGGCUCAGCAGAGAGCAGCCAUGGUGCUGCAGCAGGAGGAGAUGGCCAAACAGGGAGAUGUUCGCGUUAUGGAUGAGCAGGACCUUCUGGAACAACAGAAAAGAGCUGCUGUACUGCUGGAACAGGAGCGCCAACAGGAAAUGGCGAAGAUGCAAGGAGGCUCCAGUGGCUUAACCCUGCCCACUGCCAGUUUAAUACAAGGGCCACUGCCUCCAGGUUUAAUUCCCAACCAAAAGCAAAGGGGUCCCCCUGGUGAUGAUAGAGAGUCAUGGCAAAAUGAGGAGGUAAGCAUUACUGGACCAAAGAUCCCUCAGGCUUUGGAGAAGAUCCUACAGCUUAAGGAGAUUAGACAGGAGCAGAACACAGAUGCUGCAGAGGAUGACGAUGACGAGGGAGAUGACCCCAACUCCUCUUCUAAAAUGGCUGCUGCUGAUGAUGAUGAUGCCUCAAAGAAAGAUAAAAACCGCAAGCGCAGAAACCGAAAGAAGAAGAGUAAAAAGAAGCGAGAACUGGAGAAGAAGGAGCAGGCGGAGCAGCAAGAGAACCGAGUAAAGGACAAAGAGAACGAGAAGGACCCAGAGGUGGAGAUCGAGUAUGUCACUGAGGAGCCCGAGAUCUAUGACCCUAACUACAUCUUUUUCAAGAGGAUUUUUGAUGCUUUCAAGCUGACAGAUGAUGUGAAGAAAGAGAAAGAGAAGGAGCCAGAGAAAGAAAAACACGAGCUUCCGUAUUUAAAGAAGAAAGGCAUCGAGCUGCAGCGGAAAGAUGACAGUGAUGACAGUGAAGAGGAGGUGGAUAAAAGUGAUGUCCCCAAACUGUCCAAGAAGAAGCUGCGGAGGAUGAACCGUCUGACAGUGGCUGAACUCAAGCAGCUGGUGGCCCGUCCGGAUGUGGUGGAGAUGCACGAUGUCACAGCCCAAGAGCCAAAACUCCUGGUUCACCUGAAGGCCACGAGGAACACGGUCCCUGUCCCACGGCACUGGUGCUUCAAGAGGAAGUAUCUCCAGGGCAAGAGGGGCAUUGAGAAACCCCCGUUUCAGCUGCCUGAGUUUAUUCGCAGGACUGGCAUACAGGAGAUGAGAGAGGCGCUACAAGAAAAGGAAGAUGCCAAAACCAUGAAAACCAAAAUGAGGGAGAAAGUUCGUCCUAAAAUGGGAAAGAUUGACAUCGAUUAUCAGAAACUCCAUGACGCUUUCUUCAAAUGGCAGAUCAAACCCAAGCUCACCAUCCAUGGAGACCUGUACUAUGAGGGGAAAGAGUUUGAGACUCGCCUGAAAGAGAAGAAGCCUGGAGAUCUGUCAGAUGAACUGCGUAUUGCUCUGGGAAUGCCUGUAGGACCUAAUGCCCACAAGGUGCCCCCUCCCUGGUUGAUUGCCAUGCAGAGAUACGGACCACCACCCUCUUACCCCAAUCUCAAAAUCCCAGGGCUCAACGCACCCAUACCAGACAAUUGUACAUUUGGGUACCAUGCUGGAGGAUGGGGCAAACCUCCUGUGGAUGAAAUGGGAAAACCUCUUUAUGGAGAUGUGUUUGGGACCAACGCUGGAGAUUUCAUGUCCAAAGCCGAUGACGAGGAGUUGGACCAUACGCCAUGGGGAGAGUUAGAGCCAUCUGACGAAGAGUCUUCGGAGGAGGAGGAGGAAGAAGAGAGUGAUGAAGAGAAACCAGACGAGACAGGCUUCUUCACUCCAGCAGACAGUGGACUGAUUACUCCUGGAGGAUUUUCGUCUGUCCCUGCUGGUAUGGAGACACCAGAACUGAUUGAACUCAGAAAGAAGAAGAUUGAAGAGGCAAUGGAUGGUAAUGAGACUCCACAGCUGUUCACGGUACUGCCGGAGAGACGCACAGGCCCAGUAGGAGCCGCCAUGAUGGCCUCCACGCACAUCUACGACAUGUCUGCGGCUAUGGCGGGACGUAAGGCGGGCGGCGGUGCGGAGUCUCAGGGUGUGGAGGUGGCCCUGGCCCCAGAAGAGUUGGAGCUGGACCCAAUGGCCAUGACUCAGAAGUACGAGGAGCAUGUCAGGGAGCAGCAGGCUCAGGUGGCCAAGGAGGACUUCAGCGACAUGGUGGCCGAACACGCUGCCAAACAGAAGCAAAAGAAGAGGAAGGCCCAACCACAGGACACGAGAGGUGGAGCCAAGAAAUACAAAGAGUUCAAGUUUUAGAGCAGAGCCAGGAUGAGGCCGUGAGACAGGAAGUCAUUCAGAAAAAUACAGAUUACAACAUCAGACGUGCUUUUGACCAUAACGAUCCAUAUAUUUUCAGUAUUGUCUUGUUUCUUUUUUAUCUUAAAUAGACUGCGCUCAUGUAAUCAGUGUCAUAUGUAAAUGGUAAGAAUAAUGUGAUCUAAGGUCUUGGUCAGUUUUUGCUGUAGCCAUGUUUGUUUUGUUUUUGUAAAUAAAUACAUUGAUUACAUGAGUUCACAA